CCGUCAGCUGACUGACCUGUCACGUGACGUCUCACAACACACAUAGGCACAGCAGACUGUGGAGGUAAACUAAGCACCUUUUCACAAAACUCAGUUUGCUGGUGGUGGUCUUCGGCUUUGUUUCUUUUGUUUCCACGUCCAGCAUGGCUUGGACAAAAUACCAGCUGUUCCUCGCAGGACUCAUGCUCACAACAGGCUCCAUCAAUACGUUAUCGGCUAAAUGGGCUGACAUGUUUACAGCAAGGGGUUGCCAUGAUGACCCUGAACAUACAUUCUCACAUCCAUUUGUGCAGGCAGUGGGGAUGUUUCUGGGAGAGUUCAGCUGUCUUGCAGUCUUCUACAUCUUGGUUUGCCAUGACAGACGUAGCCCAGAACCUAAGAUGAACACCGGAGGGAGCUUCAACCCUCUUCUUUUCUUUCCUCCUGCCAUGUGUGACAUGACAGCCACUUCCAUCAUGUAUGUUGCGCUCAACAUGACAAGUGCCUCCAGCUUCCAGAUGCUUCGUGGAGCUGUCAUCAUCUUUACUGGUCUGCUUUCAGUGGCUUUUCUGGGCCGUCGCUUGGCAUGCAAUCAGUGGCUCGGCAUCUUGAUUACCAUUCUGGGCCUGGUGAUAGUGGGCCUUGCCGACUUAAUCAGUGGGCACAAAGAUGACUCGCAUCAACUAAGUGACAUCAUCACUGGAGACCUUCUUAUAAUCAUGGCUCAAGUCAUUGUGGCAGUGCAGAUGGUCCUGGAGGAAAAGUUUGUCUACAAACAUGAUGUCCAUCCUCUUCGGGCAGUCGGAACUGAAGGUUUCUUUGGUUUCCUCAUCCUAACGCUGCUGCUGAUCCCCAUGUACUUCAUCUACGUUGGAAACUUCACUGACAAUCCUCGGCAUGUUCUUGAGGAUGCAAUAGAUGCGUUCUGUCAGAUCGGACACCAGCCACUUAUUCUGUUGGCUCUGUUGGGCAACACGGUUAGCAUCGCCUUCUUCAACUUUGCUGGGAUUAGCGUCACUAAAGAGAUCAGCGCCACCACCCGUAUGGUGCUGGACAGCCUGCGGACACUGGUCAUUUGGGUGGUGAGCCUGGCAUUGGGUUGGGAGAACUUCCAUGGCCUGCAGGUUCUGGGCUUCUUGGUCUUGUUGCUGGGUACAUCUCUCUACAAUGAUCUACACCGACCCCUGUUGGCCAGAAUACCAUGCUGUGCUGGAAUGGUGACUGUAGAUGAGGAAAGCAGCCCAGGAGAAAGAGAGAGACUUCUUGGUGAUGACACGAUGGAAGCAAGUAGAGAUCACUAGAACUUCCACACUUAGCACUCAGACAGCUUCCCACUGUAGUGGACUGUGUCAAAGGCACUGCACCUUUCAUGGAUGCUGUCAGUUAUCUGUCAGUCGAUUUUUAUUCAACACCUCAGAUUUUAACUGGCCUCUCACAAUAUUGUAAAUGGUGGAAGUGUGAAAACAUUGUGAAAAAACGUGCUUAUUUGCUUUCUUGCCAGGGGUUAGGUGGGAUGAUGGAUACCAUUCUCAUAUAUGUACACUAAAUGAAGCUGGAUAUUGUUAGCUUAGCACAAAGAUUGGAAACAAGAGGAAGCAGCUAUAUUGGAUCUGUCCAAAUGCAACAAAAUGGGGAAUUCUCAACAAUAUAACCAAUAUGAAACCCACAAUGGGUUGUUUUUAUAAUUUAGUCUUGUUUGGAUUAAAACAAGACAUAUUUUAAUGUUAAUUUGUAAAUUUUAGAGGUACUGGUAGAUAGAUCUUGUUUUCUGACAAGUUAGCCAUUUCCCAGUCCUCAGUCUUUUGCUAAGCUAAAUGAAAUUGCUGGUUCUAUCUACGUACUGUGUUUACUGCACAGACAUGAAUGUUAUUAAUUUUAGUAAGCUUAUAUCCUGAAAUGUCAAUCUUCAAAGAAAAGGAUGGUAGAGAGGGUGACUGAAGGGAACAGGUUUUUAAGAGAUUCCUGUUUUUCUUCAUUCUGAAAACAAAAACAAUUUAUUAAAUAGACGGACCAUUGACACAUUGUAAUUGUUUGAAUUUUUUUUUAAAUGCUUCUUUAUGCAUUUUUUUUCUUGUGUUUCUAAGGAUAAUGAUAGUGACUCCAGUUUAUUUGAUUGUGCCAAAAUGUUUGUGCACUGUAUUUAAUUCCUGGCAAAUGCACGACAGAGGUAUUAGUUAAACAUUUCUUUGCUAAUCAAACUGCAGAGCCAAUCCCUUAAUCUCUGUUUCAUUGUUUUCUGAAUUUCAUAUACACACUGAAGCAGUUUUUAAAUAAAUGUCUGGGUUUUUUUUUUCUCUGUCCCACAGUUUUAUUUGAAAAGAUGGACUUGUUAAACAAGUCAAAGCUCUA